CCCCACCCAAAUGACUGUAGUGAUUGGAGACUGACAUGGGUAACUGCAAAGACACAUUGUUAUUGGGCAAUUUAAUAUCUUGAGUCCAUCACGGUAGGGUGAAUCAGUGUCGGGAUGGAUGCAGCUACUCUCACAUAUGAUACGCUUCGCUUUGGAGAGUUUGAAGACUUCCCUGAGACUUCUGAGCCAGUGUGGAUUCUAGGAAAGCAGUUCAGUGCACUCACAGAGAAGGAUGAGAUUCUUUCAGACAUUGCUUCACGUUUGUGGUUCACAUACAGAAAGAAUUUCCCCCCAAUUGGAGGAACAGGGCCCACAUCUGACACAGGCUGGGGCUGCAUGCUGCGGUGUGGGCAGAUGAUCCUAGGCGAGGCCCUGGUCCAUCGACAUCUAGGCCGAGACUGGAGGUGGGUAAGUGGCCAGCGACAGAGAGAAGAGUACAGCAGCAUUCUCAACGCCUUUAUCGACAAGAAGGAUAGCUAUUACUCUAUCCAUCAGAUAGCCCAAAUGGGGGUGGGGGAGGGCAAGUCCAUUGGCCAGUGGUACGGGCCAAACACGGUGGCACAGGUACUCAAGAAGCUUGCUGUGUUUGACUCCUGGAGCCGAAUGGCUGUGCACGUUGCCAUGGACAACACAGUGGUCAUUGAGGAAAUAAAGAAGCUGUGCAUGCCGUGGCUGGACUUUGACGGUGCGGGGUGUUCGGAAGGGGCAGUGGGAGGGGCAGGAGUGGGGGCACGCGAGCUGAAUGGCUGUCUGGGGGGGGCCUGUGCCCUUGCUGAGGAGGAGAUGGCCCUCUGGAGGCCCCUGGUGCUGCUCAUCCCCCUGCGGCUGGGCCUCACCGACAUCAACGAGGCCUACAUCGAGACACUAAAGCAAUGCUUCAUGUUGCCUCAGUCGCUGGGAGUGAUUGGAGGCAAGCCAAACAGUGCGCACUACUUUAUCGGAUUUGUGGGCGAGGAGCUGAUCUACCUGGACCCCCACACCACCCAGCCUGCAGUGGAGCCUAGCGAGGACAGCCAGGUGCCUGAUGACUCCUACCACUGCCAGCACCCACCCUGCCGCAUGCAUAUCUGCGAACUGGACCCCUCGAUCGCCGCGGGCUUCUUCUGCAGAACAGAGGACGACUUUGACGAUUGGUGUGCCCACAUUCGGAAGUUGUCCUGCUGUAAAGGAGGCCUCCCCAUGUUUGAACUAGUGGACAGCCAGCCAUCUCAUCUGGUCAGUGCUGAUGUGCUCAAUCUCACUCCAGAUUUCUCUGACUCAGAUCGGCUCGAGAGGUUCUUUGACUCGGAGGAUGAGGAGUUUGAAAUCCUGUCUUUGUGAAGAAGAGAGGAACACGGUCACUCUCUUCAUGCUGAACAGAAGGACUCUCUUCUUUGCUGUGAUCAAAGGAAGCCGGCUAACUUGCCAGACUGACCGACCGAAUGGGCAGGAGGUAAAACCACUGGUGACGCCUGAGGCCAGUCUGCAGCGCGUCUCGUCCAGCAAAAAGUCCCACGCAUCCAAAAAAAACAACCCACAGCUUCUUGUCUCGACAGCUCGUACGCCUGCAUUCUGUUUCUCUCUCUCUCUGUGGCCUGUGUGGACUCUGGAGGACAGAGGUUGCAGAGAGAGGCACAGGAGGGAGUAAUUGUGCAUACCAAGAUCUUCUUUUUUCUUUUUUUCUUUUGCAUCCAUUUCUUUUUUUGUCUUAACACUUUGAAGAAUUGUUUUAAAGUGAUACAGGUGCCUUUCCCCUCCCUGCCCCAGUCCUCUCAUCAGCAGCCAGUGCUUCAUUGCCAUAACACAACUCGAGGUGUUUUGUCAAUAACUCUAGUGUAUAGAAAAAAAAAGAAGAGAGAAAAAACACCAUCUGUGGUGUGCUAUUGUUUUGAUAUAAGUUGCUAAUACUGCAAAUCUGUAUCAGCACUCUUGAAUGACAAAAGUUCUUUGGUUGAGCAAUAUCGACCAGGUAGGUUAUCACUUGUAAAUGAAACACUAUGUCUAUUCUGUCAAUUAUCUCUGUACACAGGUGCAUUUUAAAAUUAUUUAUUUACUCUUUAACUGUGCAUAUGACAAAUAAAAGGAAAAAAACUGAAAAUUA